AACGCAGCGCCGCCAUGUUGAAAAUUGAGUUGGGAAGUUGCGACUCGCGAGGCGUUCCGGGGUAUUCUUCAACACGCCACAUUUGGAUUAGCUAAUUGUGAGCUACCGAGGAAAUAAUCAUACAGUGGGACAUCUGUAACCCACGAUCACCUGUCUAUAUCAACGCUACACUGUCCACGUUUGAGAAGAACGGUCCAAAUUCUGCAUCAUCUGGACCUCAUUCCUAACAUUCCACACAACACGCAUAACACAAUGAUAACCAGGAGAAGAGGCAAUUGCAACACUGGAGUGACGUCCCUGGAGGUUGAAGUGAGCAGUGCUGUGAAAACUAUAGAAGAUCUCCCAAGUUUCCCUGAGGAGUUCCCAGCUGAUGAUUUUGACAAAAUGGAGAAGGACCUCGACGAGCAGUUGGGAAUAGAAGACCUGGAAUGGAUUCUUGACCGAGAGACAACCUUGCCAGUCUUCGACACUGAGCUUGGUAAUCUUUACAGCGUCAAGAAUCAAGAUUCCGGAGCUGAAGUGUCAUCUGCCCUGAAGAUCAGGAACAAGCAUCAGCAAGCAAGCCAAGUGAUCAACAAAAAUGCAGUCGCUGCUAGGUUAAAUCGUCUUAAAAAGAAAGAAUAUGUUCACAGCCUGGAAGAAAAAGUGGACAUCAUGUCCACGGAAAACUGCAUGCUCAAAGCAGAAAACUCUCAUCUGACCAAAAGAGUGGAGGAAUUGGAAGAUGAGACCAGGGCGCCGACUCAAACGAGCACGACUACGCUCUGCCACGGAAACGUGUGAAAGUGGAGGAGAAAGAGACAUCCGGUGGCGUGUGCCUCCACGUGGACAAGAACCAUGUCUCAGUGGAGUUCUGCACUAAGUGUGCAGCAAGUGCAAGCACAUCUCUUAAAAUGUAGGGUCAAGUACUUACCUCUGAUUUCACAUAUUGAGACAUGGCUCAAUGUACUGACCACCUCGAUGGUGGACGAGACUGUUAAAUUAAUUAUAUGUCGGACUUGCUGAUAGUGCAUGUGUUUGACAACAUGUUGGCUUGGGUGCCCGUUACUGCUAAACCUUGUUGACAGUUUCUUCUAGGUAAUGGUUGAUCUACCAUGAGGGAUGAAUGGCUUUCUGAACACCUUAACCUGCUUGACUCCAUGAGCCACCUGUUUUUCUUUAUUGCUGAAGUGGAUUCUGCUGGUGGAGGUUGAAGAGUCUGGACAAGCUGCUGCCACCGUGGCCUGGUAUUUUUUUUAAGGUAGUAUCGGUAACAAUGGUAUAUGUCAUUUAAUUUGCCUAUUCGCCAGUUUUUCUAGUGAAGAGAUUCUUCAAUGCUUUUUGGGAGCUCAGUCCAACUCUACCAUCACUUGUGAUUUUUGUUGUCGUGAUAAUUGGAGUAUUACAUUCAGAAUCACCCGCUAAGGUGAUUAGAUUGUCAUCAGUUGUAAUAAAUUGUAAAUGUGUACAUAAUUUGAAUGUGUCCUUUGAGGUAAUUGGCCUCUGACAAAAGAUGAAAAAAUAAAUCAUAUUUUAACUAUG